AUGGAUAGGGCGUGGAUUCAGUGGGGUUCAGAUCCAAAUUAUCGAUUUACUAAUGCGUAUAAAGAAGGGGUUAACUCUUUUCUUGAGGUUGCGAAGCAUCAUGUGAAUGCGAAUAAUCAAAUCUCAUGUCCGUGCAUGAAGUGCAAUAACACAAAUUCACACCCUUUAACCGUGGUGAAGAUCCAUUUAUUGAAAAAUGGCAUGGUAACAACAUAUAACCCAUGGAUAUAUCACGGAGAACAGAAUGAAGUGCGGAGUCAAACUAUUCCGAAUAGCCCAGUUGAUGCAUCUGAACACAAUACAGGUAUUUUUGAUAUGAUGAACGAUCUUUUUCCAAUGGGUAAUGCACAUGUAACGGGAGAUAGAGAUGAUAUAGGGGAGGAUGAAGACGACGAUAUAGAUGAUACAUCAGGAAAUCAGGAUAUCCAAGGGGCUUACGAUACUAUUGGUGUUCAUAAUGAAGAUAAGGAUAACUACGAUAAGUUAUUGCAAGAAGCUGAACGAGAACUCUACCCUGGUUGCACAGAAUAUUCAGUUUUAACAUUUGUUGUGGAGUUGAUUCACUGCAAAGUUGACAAUCUCUGGACCAACAAGUCUGUUGAUACCUUGUUGCAAAUGAUGAAGAAGAUGUGUCCGAAGCCAAAUAAUAUUCCGGAAUCAUAUUAUGCUUGCAAGAAGAUCUUAAAAGGUAUUGGCUUGGGGUAUGAAACUAUUCAUGUUUGUAAACAUGAUUGUGCCUUGUUCUACAAAGAGAAUGAAGGGAAAGACAAAUGUCCGGUGUGCAAUGAGCCACGAUAUAAGAAUAGUGAUCGUGAACAGAAAAAAAAGGUUCCUCAGAAAGUGUUGCGAUAUUUUCCAUUGAAACCAAGGUUACAAAGAUUAUUCAGAUCUAGACACACAUCGAAUGACAUGAGAUGGCAUAAAGAUAAACGAGUUGAUGUGGAGGGUGAGAUGAGGCAUCCGGCAGACUCUAUAGCUUGGAAAGAGUUUGAUAAGAUGUACCCUGAUUUUGCGAAAGAUCCACGAAAUGUCAGAUUAGGCCUUGCAACUGACGGCUUCAAUCCUUUUGGGAACAUGAGUACUUCUUAUAGUAUGUGGCCUGUGGUGGUGGUUCCGUAUAACUUGCCCCCAUGGAAAUGCAUGAAAAAACCAUUCUCCAUGUUGACAUUAUUGAUUUCAGGACCUCAAUCACCGGGAAAAGAUAUUGAUAUAUUUUUGCGUCCGUUAAUUGAUGAGCUUAAGGAGCUAUGGGAGAAGGGUGUUGAGACUUAUGAUAAGAUGACUGAAUCUUAUUUUACCAUGAACAAUUAUAGUUUUUAUUCCAUUACGGGUAUUCUUCGUUCAAUUUUCCGGUGUUCAAUUUUCCAGUUUCUGGAUAGGAAGAUAAACUGGAGUAUAAAUGUCACUGUGUGA